AAACAGUUUGCAGCAGCUGCCCAAAUGCGUUUGAGAGCGCAUGCGCACGGUGAGGUCUAGGUCAAAUAAUGUGUGUUUCUUGUCCCAUUUUGUGCCACAUUUGCUUGCUAAAAUGGGAGCCCUGAAACGAUGUGAAAGCUUAUAAGUGGAACAAGACUGAACAAGUCAACACAGGUGCAAGAUGGAUCUAAAUCCUGUAGCCCAGAAAGCCAUUGUCCAUAUAAUUGGAUUGGACUGUUUCAAGAACAUCGAGUUCUCCGAGAACAUUCGUCUCUGUACAAGAUUCACUCUGUUGGUUGACUCACUCACAGAAUAUGAAUAUGCUUUUGAACAUACAAUUGAUAGGUCUGAUGAAUGCCUGUACAAAAGAUGCCAUCAAGAAGUUCAGACUAACAUAAAGGAACUUGUUGACAGGGAGACACAAGUAGAUGAAAAAGAAUUGCCACCUGCACCAAAACUAGAAAAAGAUAAUUUUGUUGAGGUAAAAAUUGAACAAGAUGAAGAAGUGGAGAAUGUGUCUGGUGGAGAAGAUGAUGAAGAGGUUACCAAGGUGAUGCCACAAUCACCCGUCGCCCCCUCUGAACCACAGAAGCGGCUACGUAGUAACAAACCAGAGGAUGUAUGUUGUCCACUUUGUCCAGCCAAAUUCUCCGAAAAAGAUAGCGCUGAGCAGCAUUUAAAGAUAACACAUGACAUUGGAAAUUUUUAUGUGUGUUCGAUUUGUCAACAUAUCUGUAACACAAAGGUUGCACUAGCAGAGCAUAUCAAAAACCUUCAUAAAGAUAAUCUUCAGCAAGAGGUCUCUACAAGGAAAAGGGGUCGUCCCAGAAAAACAGAACCAAAGAAACUGACUGAAUUAUCGGACGAAGAUGAAGUUAAAGAGAAAAAAUCGUCAUCCUUUGUGAAAAAGACUAGCAAAGGAUUGAAGAAGAACAAAAAAACAACAAGGCUGAAGAUAAAAAAGGUUAAGAAACCGAAAAAAGUUGAGAAAGAGGAAGAGAUAGAGGAGGAUGAUUAUGAUGGUGAUACUGACCUUGAAGGAGAGGAAAAAGACACUAAAGCUUCACCUCAAAGGAAGGCUAUUGCUGACCCAAGUUACGAGCCAGCAGAUGGAAAUACUUGUAAAUGUAUCGAAUGUGGGAAGGAGUAUAAGUCUAGGCGUGCUCUAAGACGCCAUUAUGCCAGUCACCAUGAAGUCGGAGGGCAGGAUUAUCAGUGUGAGAUUUGCGGCAAGUCGUUUACAAGUAAAGAUUCACUGUAUCAUCAUAGGAGAGGGGUCCACCAGAACCUUAAGGUCUAUAAAUGUCCGGAGCAAGGCUGUGAAGCUACUUUCAACUUUAAUCACAGCUUGCGUCUUCACAAGUUGAAACAUACAGGAACACGGCCGCAUAUGUGUAGCCAGUGUGGAAAGACCUACCUAACAGCAUAUCACUUGAAAGUCCAUGUUAUGGCUACUCAUUCUGCAAAGAGUUUCUCAUGUGCAGUGUGUGGUAAAAUGUUCUCAUAUUCAACAAGCCUUAAAAUGCAUGAAGCCACUCAUCAGAAACAGGAGAGGGUAAAUUGCGAUCAAUGUGCAAAGACAUUUGUAAAUGUUCAGGCCUUAAAGUAUCAUAUCAUGUCCAAACAUACAGAACCUGGUAAUUUCAACUGUGAGGAAUGUGGGAAAGUGUGCAAGACGGAGUUCCUACUUCGUGCACAUAGAAAACGGCAUUCAUUAGACGGCUCCCGAUUCAUGUGCGACGUCUGCGGUCGCCAGUUCAUGUAUAAAUCAGCGCUAGAAAUGCAUAGGGCAAUACAUAGGGAUGAUAAACAGUACACAUGUAAAGUAUGUAAUAAAUCGUUUAAAACGUAUCCGACCUUGUAUAGUCACCAAUAUGUUCACAAGGAAGACUCGCCUUACUGCUGCGCCCAGUGUGGGAAAGCGUUUAAGACUAAAGAGAGGUGCAAAGCUCAUGAGAAAAGGCAUUCAGGACUCAAACCAUUUGAAUGCGGUAUCUGUCAUCACUGCUUUCCUGACAAUGGUGGUUUGUCUAAGCAUAUGAGAACAGUUCACUGCAGUGUUAAGAAAUUUGUGUGCGAUAUAUGUGGCAAGGCAACAUCUCGAGCUGAUAAUUUGCGUGUCCAUAUGAAAGUUCAUACUAAAGGAGAACCCCGCAAGGGAAAACCUUAUGUAAAAAAUGAAGCGAAACCUGCAAGGAGUGCUUACAAUGUGCCUUCGAUGGUUCCACUUACCUUUGAACAUGAUGAAGCAUACCCUGAUUCAUCAAAGAAAGUAAAAGCAGACUAUUACCAUGAAAAUUCCAAUGAGUCGUCUGUUAAUCCUAGUCCAGUUCCUCAUAAUAACCGGGAUGAUUACCCACAACAUGAUGUAUAUCAACCAAACAUGCCUAACUUCUCUACCCUUGAUACUUCGCAGAUUUCUUCGCAUUCUGACGACCAGAUCUUACCAUUGAAUCUACAUAACCAAAGUGCCCAGUCGCAGCCCCCAAGUUCCAAUGCCUACCAGCUUACACAAAUGAACAGUCAUCAUAAUACGAUGAGUCCAUCUGUAGAAAACCAGGUACGACAAACCAGUGCGCCGUCGUCUGCAGCAACGCCACCUGUCAGUAGUAACAUAUCAGUCACGAGUCUACAGUCGGCUCCUUUGCACCCAAUGUAUGCAUGGCCUUAUGUUUACCCUGGGCUUCCCCCUCAGGGUGCAGGUGGAAAUAACGGCUACUUUCAACAACAAUAAUACAUUAUCAUUCUCGCAUGUACCUCAAGCUUGAAUCCUACAAGUUACCUUAUUGUAUAAUUAUUAUAUAUAACCCAACUCAUAUACCAGAAAUAAGCCAAUUUUAUAUUUAUGAUAUUCAAUACCAUACCUUUCUAUGCCUAUUUUUUUAUUUUAUUUUUUUUUUUGUUAGGAAAUUUAUUAUCUGCAUGACAGCAUACAAAAUAGUAGUAAGUUUGCUUAUUAAUAACUGAUCUUAAAUAUUCGUUAUUGACUAAAUAUACAUAGUACAUCUUAAAAACCGUAGCUUGUUUUUCGAACUUGUAACAAAAUUAUAUUCAGUACAUCUUAAAAACCGUAGCUUUUUUUAAAAGCAGUAACAAAAUUAUUCUCAUUUUUGUUUGUUUUUGCUGUUUUUUUAUUCCUUUGUAAAUUAGUCAUUUUUAGCUCGACUAUACGAAGUAUAUGGAGAGCUGUCCUACUCGCCCCGGCGUCGGCGUCGGCGUCCGCGUCCGCGUCCAGAUUUUAGAUUAAAGUUUUGGUGCAGUAAAAUAUUUUUCACUAUAACUUUGUCAUUUCUUAAGGUAUCAACUUCAAACUUCAAAUAUAUGUUCCUUAUCAUCAACCACAUCUUAAGUGACAAGGUUCAUAACUCUAGCACCAAUAUUUUCAGAUUUAUCUCCUCUUGAACAUAGAAUUUUCCUUAAAAAAUACUAUUUUUUACUGAUACUUCUUUAUUUCUUAAGGGAUCAACCUCAUACUUCAAAUAUAUGUACCUUAUCAUCAUCCUCAUCUUAUGUGACAAGGUUCAUAACUCUAACACCAAUAUUUUCAGAUUUAUCUCCCCUUGAACUUAGAAUUUUCCUCAAAAAAUACUAUUUCUUACUGUUUCUUCUUUAUUUCUUAAGGGAUCAACCUCAUACUUCAAAUAUAUUUACAUUAUCAUCAUCCCCAUCUUAUGUGACAAGGUUCAUAACUCUAGCACCAAUAUUUUUAGAUUUAUCUCCCUUUGAACUUAGAAUUUUCCAUACAAAAUAUUAUUUUUUACUGUAACUUAUUUAUUUCUAAAGGGAUCAACUUCAUACUUCAAAUAUAUUUACGUUAUCAUCAUCCACAUCUUAUGUGACAAGGUUCAUAACUCUAGCACCAAUAUUGCAAGAAUUAUCUCCCCAUAAACUUAGAUUUAUUUACUAGAAAAAUGUUAUUUUUAUUUUAACUUUUUAUUUUUAAAGGUAUCUACCUCAAACUUCAAAUACUUAUUCCUUAUAAUCAUUUACAUUUUAUGUGACAAUGUUCAUAACUCUUGAAGCAAUAUUUACAGAUUUAUCUCUCUUUGAACUUAGGAUUUUCUUUAAGAAAUAUAAUAACUUCUUUAUUUUUUAAGAUAUCUACUUCAAACUUCAAAUAUAUAUUUCUUAUCAUUACACAAAUGUUGUGUGGCAAGGUCCAUAACUCUUGCAUGACUAUUUCUAGAAUUAUUCCCCAUGAUCUUGGAAUUGAUGUUAACAAAUGUUAUAUUUUUACUAAUAUAACUUAAUACUUAAUUAUACAUAAUUGAUUUUUCUUUCAUAGUUUUGUCCUCCUUACUGCGUCCAGCAUUUUAUUAGUCGAGCUUCGCUGUCUCCUGUGACAGCUCUUGUUUUAUGUAGGUGUAAAAUAAUAUGUGAAUAUAUUUACAUCUCUAUCACGAAUCAUAAGUCAAACUUAAAUUUUUAAAAUGUAAAUGACAUUAUUUAUGUUAUUAUCUUUAUAUGUAAAAAAAAUCUUUUUAUAAGUUGUCCUCCCUGUAAGAAUAUUAAAACUUGAAAUCUUGUGAAAAUUUUUUAUAACAGUAUUUUCUUUUCAAAUUUUAGCACAACUAUUCAGUGAAUAGGGAGGGCUAUUGUAUUCACGCCAGGUCAGUGUUUGCACUGCCUUCACACUUUGGUUAAGUUUUUUGCAUGUAAGUUGGUAUCUUCACAAGUUUUUGCAUGCAAGUUGGUAUCUCCACAACUGCUUAAGGAAAUAGGUUGGUACUUCUUACACUUGUUCUCUGUUCUCACAUGAUGGGCACAGAUUCCAUUAUUCUGAGUUACCUUUUAUACAGAGUUUUGCCCAUUUUCUUAAUGUCAUGCACUGUGAAUAGUCAAGCGUGCUGUUUAUGGACACCUCUUGUUUUGUUUUUAAGUUCAUAAAGUUAAUCAGAUGAAAUUUAUUUUUAAAGAGUUUUUAUUUUAAUUGUAAUUAUUUCCCGAUAGUUUAAUUUCUGUAGUGCAUGUCGUAUAUAGAUGUCAUUAAAGAUGUCAUUAAGUAUUCAUACAUCAGAUUUUAACUUUGUAUCUGUUUGCUGUUGUUUUUUUUUUUUUUUUUUUUUUUUUCAUCUGUAAAACACUUGCCUGUCAAGUUUUUAGGUUUGAAUCUCUGCAAAGUCAGUGACCUGUGGGAUUUUGGAUUCAUUUGUGUGAAAAAUGCUUUCCAGCUGUCAAAGUGACCCCAGGUCUAGCUCCAGUGAUAAAGCUGGAAAGUGGGGCUACAUGACCUUAAAGGUUAAGUGUCGAUAUGACUUAAAACCCAACAUAAACAACAACAAAAAGGUUACUCUGUAGUCAUUUAGUGGAAUGGGUAUCGGUUUCAAUUUUUUGUCAGGGAUUGGGCUGGUAAUGGAGCUAUUUUCAUAUUAUAAUCAUUGGGGAAUAAAACAAUUUCCCAAUGUUAUUAAUUUAUUGUAAUUGCAUGUAUCAAUGUAUAGAUAUCUUUUAACAAAUAUAUAAGCAUAUUCUUGAGGUUAAAUCAUUGUUACCUACCCAUGAUAUUCAUGGUGAGUAGGUUCAAAACCUUUUUUUUCUGAAACGGUUGAAAGCUUGUUCAGGAUAAGUUUGGUAGGCAGUAAACUUACACACUUCUAAAAAAAUGAGUUCAUAGAAAACUGUUUUUUGUAAAUUUGUAAUGAUAUGUUAAAUGAUAAAUAUAAUACUGUGAUCUAGUCAUAUACAUUUGUAAUGUUCAGUUUGUGAUAUUAUACCAAUAUCUUGAAGAUUAUUUCAAUAUAGUAUUGAUAGCAGAAAAAAACAACACUUCUUUAGUUUUAUUAUCCCCCGCCGAUGGAAUCGGGAGGGGGAUAUAGUUUUGGCGUUGUCCGUCUGUCCGUCCGAAUUUCGUUUCCGGAGUAGUUCUCUGCAACAACUGGCUGGAAUUCAACGAAACUUUAUGGGAAUCAUCAAUAUCAAGAGGAGAUGCGCAUCUGACCGUCCGUCCGUCCGAAUUUCGUUUCCGGAGUAGUUCUCUGCAACUACUGGCUGGAAUUCAACGGAACUUUAUGGGAAUCAUCAAUAUCAAGAGGAGAUGCGCAUAUCGUCAGCUUGUUCCGGUCAGACCCUUUAACUCAAGAGUUAUGGUCCUUGAUAAGUUAUAUAGAAUGCAUAUAGAGUAAAAUUUUGUUUCCGGAGUAGUUCUCUGCAACUACUGGCUGGAAUUCAACAAAACUUUAGGGGAAUCACCAAUAUCAAGAGGAGAUGCGCAUAUCGUCGGCUUGUUCUGGUCAGACACUUUAACUCGGAGUUAUGGCCCUUGCUUAGUUAUGUAGUAUGCAUAUAGAGUAAAAAUCGUUUCCGGAGUAGUUCUCUGCAACUACUGGCUGGAAUUCAACGAAACUUUAUGGGAAUAAUCAAUAUCAAGAGAAGAUGCGCAUAAAGUCAGCUUGUUCCGGUCAGACACUUUAACUCUAGAGUUAUGGCCCUUGAUUAGUUAUGCAAUAUGCAUAUGGAGUAAAAUUUUGUUUCCGGAGUAGUUCUCUGCAACUACUGGCUGGAAUUCAACGAAACUUUAGGGGAAUCAUCAAUAUCAAGAGGAGAUGCGCAUAUCGUCGGCUUGUUCUGGUCAGACACUUUAACUCGGAGUUAUGGCCCUUGCUUAGUUAUGUAGUAUGCAUAUAGAGUAAUAAUCGUUUCCGCACUACUUCUCUGCAACUACUGGCUGGAAUUCAACGAAACUUUAUGGGAACCUUCAAUAUUAAGAGGAGAUGCGCAUAUCGUCGGCUUGUUCCGGUCAGACACUUUAACUCAGAGUUAUGGCCCUUGAUUAGUUAUGCAGUAUCCAUAAAGAAAAAUAUUUGUUUCCUCGCUACUUCUCUGCUACUACUGGCUGGAAUUCUAUGAAACUUUAUGGGAUACUAAGAGGAGAUAUGCAUAUAGUCGCCUUGUUCCAGUCAGAUACUUAUAACUCAGAUUGAUGGCCCUUGAUUAGUAAUGUAGUAUGCAUACAUCUCAUUGGCAUUUCCAGAUUUUACUAUUUAACACAAAGUUAUGGCCCUGUUAUUGCCCUGAAUACAUGUAUUUAUCAAGUUCAAAGAAUAUUACUGUUUAUGCCAUGAUUAAUAUAUAAAUAAAGCCUUAUGUCUUCAGUUGUUGUGUUAAUAAUAACCAGUACUCGGCGGGGGAUAUAAAUUCAACGAAUUUGCUUGUUAUUUCUGUUUUGUUUCACACAAUUUCAGUAUAUGUGUAUAUAAGUAUGCUCACAACAAAUAUCUGUUUGUAUUUGGCAAGAUUGUUGGUUCACUCAAGACAUAAUUGUUUCUUGUAAUUAUCUUACAUUGCUAUAUCUAAAAAUUAUCUGAAACAUGUGCUUUCGGUUUAUGAAAAAUUGCUGCUGAUUUUUCUUUUUCAAGUAAAGCUGUUUUAUUUGUGUCAAUUUUGUGUGUCUUUCAGUUUAGACUAAAAUACUUAAAAGUCUAGCAUUUUUGAGAGUAUUGUACUUUAGUUAAGAUUAUACAAAAACAAUAUACAUGUAGUUGUUUUGCCACUUUGUUAGUAUCUUGGUCUUAUUUUGGUAUAUUUUUGUAGAUGUAUUGCUUAGUUUAGAUGCAUAGUUGUAUGCCUUGAACAAUAUUAGGUUUUAAAACUUAAAACAGUUAAGUAAGGGGUAUGAUAGCCUUGUGAUAAUAGUGUCUACCUGUCAGCCUAAAGGGUCAUGGGUUCAAGUCAUAAUCUGGUUACACAUGUCUUGUGUAUCUUCAUAAGACACUGGUACCAGUUUAUUCCUGGAAACAGCCUUUAGUGUAGUUCAAAUAAGCUUCAAGCUUUCACCAUUAUCCAGCUUAACUCUUACCCUGCUUGCAGUGACUGAAUUUUACCUAUGCAGCCAGUGCAGACCAAGGUCAGUCUGCACUUCUGUGCCAUCUGAUCAUAGUUGGCACAAUACGCUAUUCGGUCAUUACUUGUUUUUGGUUUUGUCCAGAUUGAAAGAUGGGCAAUUUAAGUUAAGAUAUUUAGCGGGAUAAUGGUAUUCAAAUGCCAACAUGGUUUAGUAUAUGCAGUAAUUAAUUUUGUUAGAAUAUGUUGCAAUAAACAUCAUUUUAUAAAUGAUUAUGCACAUACAUUGUAUAUUAAAUGUAAUUAUAUUAUAUCACCUAUCACACUUUGAAAUGUCAUUUGAAAAUAUACCAUAAUGUCAUGUUUGUCAAAAUUUGAAGUAAAAAAAAAACAAAACAAAAAAACCCACAAAUAAUGAAAUUUAAGGGGAAGAAAACAUUGGUAUGCUAUGGUUAUUUAAAAGAAACGUUAAGUGGUUAUGGAAUUCGUUGUUAAGUGGUUAUGGAAUUCGUCUCCCUGUCCAAUGAUUGGUGAUUCAUGCCCUACUUUGGUCACGACCAUGUUUCUUUAGAUGACACCUGCUCUUGUAUGUUCCAGGAUGCAGGCAAAAAGUGAUUAAUAUUUUGUGGGAAAAAAAUCAGUUUAGAUACGUCAUUCUGUUUCUAACUAGAACAUUUUUUCAGGACCAUGUUUUAUACAUGUAUAUGACAGACUUUUUGAGUUGUAAAUGGUGGAAGGUGAAAGAAAUUUGAAAUAUUUUCAGUACUGUGCAUUGUUAAAUAACAAAUUUCCUACUGUUCACCAUUUACUGUUGACAUGAAAUUAUUAAUUUUGUAAGAGUAAUAUUUUAAGACUGGUAUAUUUUAAUAUUUCCACGGUAACCAUGAUUUGUUACCUUAAGCAUUUUCUCUGUGCUAGUUUGAUACACUAUUUUGUAAUCUAAACAUUCUGUGUUGAAGAAAUUUGGCAGAUACUUUAAAUUUACUUUGAUGUUUGAAAAUAACCAAUUGUUUUCUUCCUUAACAAACUUCUUUGAUGAGACUUUGUGGCAUUAACAGAAAUGUUGUGGACUACUCAGACGGGGAUGAAUUAAGAGCACACAAUAAUGUUCUUAUUUAAUUAAGGAUACACCGUUUUUCAUCAACUUUAGAGGCAGAUUGUUUGAUAAAUAUUUUUGAAUGAUCUUAUAUGUACAUCAAAUUUGUUACACAUAUUUAUAGUAUAUAACAGCUUUUACAUUAUAUGCUUGCAACAAUAAGAAUAAAAUAUAGUCAAAUUA